AUGGUUGAUUCAUUCUUUUCAAACCCGAAAAAGAGGAGCAAGGCCCCCAAGCGGGAUGAGCGACGAGGCAAGAAGGCGGUCGCCAAACCCCAGCGCCCCAACGUGGCAGAUGAAGACAUUACUUCUGAGAGUGAAAAUGAAGAGGAGCAGUUCUUUGAGAACCCCGACACGGCAAACUCCAGUGAGGACGAGGAGGAGACCCAGGCUGACAAGCGACGACGACUCGCCAACCAGUACCUGGAGAACCUGAAGGAUGAGAUGGGCGAGAUAGGAUUCGACGCUGCUGAUCUUGAUCGAGAGAAUCUUUCAAGGCGCCUGGAGGAGGAUGUGGCUGAGGAUAAGGGUCUGAUUUACCGAUUCCUGGACGUCAAGGCCAACUCCUUUUCACGAGUUCACAAGAGCAGAUUCCGACCAACCGCCGUGGCCUGUCGAUACCCUUAUGCCUACACAGUUGGACGAGAUGUCGAGCUGGUCAAGUGGGAUAUCAGUGAUGUGACUAAGCCUCGAGUGCUCAAGGUUGUUUAUGGCAACCGUCACGCCUCCAAGGAUGCCUUCAACCCCAAGGAGGAUUACAAGGGCCACAUUGACGACAUUCUGUGUGUGGCAGUGUCUCCCGAUGGCAAGUACGUUGCCACCGGAUCCAAGGAUAAGACCAUCUGUGUCUGGGCAGCCGAGAGUCUGUCGUGCCUGCAUGUUUUCCACACCCGAGAUCGACGGGGAGUCGUCAUGGGUCUGGCCUUUCGACGAAACACAAACCAGCUGUAUGCUGCAUGUGCUGAUCUCAAGGUCCGAACCUUCUCUCUGGACCAAAUGUCGCAAGUGGAGACGCUUUUCGGUCAUCAGGAUGUGGUUGCAGACAUUUCGGCUCUGGCUGGCGAGAGAUGCCUGACUGUGGGCUCUCGAGACCGAACUGCUGUGGUGUGGAAGAUUGCUGACGAGUCGCGUCUGACUUUCCGGGGAGGAGACAUCAAGGACUUCCCCGAGGGCUCCAUCGACUGCUGUUCCAUGAUUGAUUCACACUACUUCGUCACGGGCUCAGACAACGGCUCCAUUUGUCUGUGGUCCCUGAGCAAGAAGAAGCCUGUCUUCAUUGAGAGACGAGCGCAUGGAGUUGAGGAGAGACCCGAGACUGAUCUUCCACAUACCGGAGAGGCUGAGGCCGACAAGGUGCCUCUCCCUGCCCAAUCUCCCCGAUACAUUACUGCAAUCCACGCCAUCCCCUACUCAGACAUUUUCCUUACCGGAUCAUGGAGUGGAGAGAUCAAGGUGUGGAAGCUGGGAUCCGAGAUGCGGUCUUUCACCCAGAUUGCCACUCUGCCCAAUGUCAAGGGCGUGGUGGACUCUAUCGAUGUCAGUGAGCACGGAUCUCGAGGCAAAGAGGUUUUCGCCGUGGUUGCUGCGGUCUCCAAGCAGCUGCGAAUCGGCCGGUUCCUCAACGUGGGAGGAAGAAAUGGUUUGUACACUGGAGAAUUGGUCUUGUAA